AUGAUGAAAUACUCAACAUCACCCACCCCAUCAAACUAUGCUAGAAGUGCAUCCCCGCUACCUGCUCCAGCCAACUAUCAGCCACUAACAUCAAGUGCAGCAAGAAAACGAUACAUUUAUUUAAGGAGACUUCUUAAAUUCAAUCAAAUGGACUUUGACUUUGCCGCCUGGCAAAUGAUUUAUUUAUUUGUAUCACCACAGAAAGUUUUUAGGAAUUUUAACUAUAGAAAACACACCAAAUCCCAGUUUGCUCGUGAUGACCCAGCAUUUCUAGUUUUACUUAGUGUAUGGCUAUUCUUGUCAUCCAUAUGUUUUGCAUUGGCAAUAGGACUAACUACCGGGCAAACAGUCUUGUUUGUACUGUAUGUUGUUUUUGUUGACUUCAUAGGGGCUGGAAUAGUCAUGUCAACAGUUUUUUGGUAUAUAAGCAAUAAAUACAUGAGGAUAGAUGAGUCAUCACCAGAUGUAGAAUGGGGCUAUGCAUUUGAUGUACAUAUUAAUGCUUUCUUUCCUCCAUUAUCUUUGCUACACUGCUUCCAAAUAUUGUUGUUUAAUAGUCUAUUGAUAAGCAAUGGAUUUUUAUCGUGCCUAGUAUCUAAUACCUUUUGGCUGGCUUCCUCCAUAUAUUAUCUCUAUAUCACUUUCCUUGGAUAUAGCAAUCUACCAAUGAUGCAAAACACUAGGAUAUUUCUACUACCUCUACCGAUGUUAUGUCUAGUGUACUUUGGAACCCUUCUUCUUGGAUGGAACCUCAGCCACAUGCUAAUGGACUUCUACCAAUACAGAGUAUUUUAA